AGAUGCUAACAGACAUAAACAUAAGACAAGAAUAGGAGUAAGUUUUGAAUAUGUGUCUAAUUUGUAGAAAGAGAGGCAAAAUGCAGAAAAUGAAGAACCUUGGAAGUAUUGGAAGCAGUGGGAGAUUUUCAACAGAAGAAUGUGAAGAUGAGGAUGUUUCGAAGCUGGCCAUUUCGACAUUUCAAGCUAAGGAAGAAGAGAUUGAGAGGAGAAAGAUGGAGGUGAAAGAGAGAGUUGAACUUCAACUUGGACGCGCUGAAGAAGAGACGAGGCGUUUGGCUCACAUUUGGGAAGAGCUUGAAGUUAUGGAAGAUCCUAUGAGAAAGGAAGUUGCAAUGGUACGUAAGAAGAUUGACUUGGCUAACAAAGAUUUAAAGCAACUCGGACAGAAUUACCAGAAAAAGGAGAAAGAGUAUAAAGAAGCCUUAGAUACUUUCAACGACAAGAACAAAGAGAAGAAUCAUUUGGUAGCGACGCUAACUGAGAUGCUGACAGAAAGUGAAAGAAUGAGGAUCAAGAAACUGGAGGAGCUAUGCAAGACCAUAGAGUCUGUGUCACUAAAACAAUAAUCUCUGGCAGUGUGUGUUUUGUUUAAUUACUAGCUUGGUUUAUUCAAUUUGCAAUUGCGUGUAUUUAAAUGUUACUCGCGUGUAUUUAAAUAUUAGUCAGAUUGCUUUGUUUGUGGACUUGACAAAAUAAAAUAUAACAUUCUCACAUUUGAUUGAUUGUAAAAAAGAAUUUCAAAAUUAGUAUGAUUGGUCCUUUUAAUUUUAUCCCUUAA